UUGUGUUCCAUCUCAAGAAAACUUUUAAUGUUGAGAAAGAGUGGCAUAAGACAAAAGAGUAUCGUAGAAACUGUUUGAUAGUUCAGGUCGUGAAAACGACAUAUUCUCAAGUUGAAGUCGCCUUUUCACGGUUUUUCUAUCAACUAACUUUUUCUCCGAGUGAUCACUGUCCGACGUGAAGUACCCAUCACGGCAGAAAAACAGCACUCGUUACUAUCCUAACACUUUGAAUUAGUGCCAUAGUCGAGAUUGACAAGUAUUUUGAUACGGUUUGAAACCACGUUUUAUUACGAAAUACGACAGAUAUCAAAAUUGUUGUGUGACUCUAAAGAGGACGACGAAAUGCAUUAGGGAAUUGAAGUAUUUUAUUGUAAUGGGUGAUUUCACAUGUCAGUUUGCUUAUAAAAUAUGAAAAUUACGUUAACUGAUUAUAAACAGCUGUCUUAUAACCUAAUUGCAAAUGCAGUGUCGAAAUAACCUCUAAAUAGGAUGGAAGAAGUAUGAAACUUAUGAUUUUUGGGAAUCGAAAGUAACAUACACUUUGUUUUGAAAUAGUCCUUUCUUUAUGUUGCAUUUAUAUAGACCGACUUGUUAGUAGUUGCAAUAAUAUUCCAGAAAAAGAUGCAUUUCCUUUUCAACCAUCCAAGUCUAAAGGACAGUAUUUGAAUACUAUUUCUUAUAUAUCAGGCGUCCUAAAAUAUUCCAUAUUUUGCAAGACACUAGAUGUUAACGCAUUUCUCGCAAGGCAGAAUUUAUCUUUGUAUGCAAAGAUUUCCUAUCGAUGGAAAAAGUCGUUCCACAGCAUUAUUCUCAAUGAUUUCUACUCAUCGAACUGGAAGACCUCCACUGUUAUUUGCAAGUAGACCGGAUUCGGAACUUAAUGAAGAAGAGAAGCGACUAAAGGCUCAAAUAAUUAAAAGGAGAGAAAGACAGAAGAGAGCUUAUAGACGAAAGAAGCUUGGUAGAAAAGUUGAGUCUCAAGCGUCCUCUUUGAAGUUGGACUCCACCACUGACUUAAACUUUGAGUCAACGACUUGCAAUAACGAAAAAGAUAUAACGCUCACUCAUUUUACUAGAAAUAACUUGUCCUUGGUAUAUCCUUCAUUCUCCAGCUUUACUAAUUUUCGAAAACAUCUCGUCGCAGAACUAGAGCAAGGCUUCUCCAACUUAGAUAAGGAUGUUCAAAAUUUUUUAGGAUCCUUGUUGGUCUUUCCCAGUUCUUUUACACUUGAAGCAGCGUUGGUAGUUGGAAAAUUCUUCAGUCCCAACGUCUUGGAAGAUGUAUUACGACAGUUUUUGUGGAAAGGCUUUAUUUAUGUGGAUGAAGAUAUUCGAUUCUUUUUAAAUCCUCUAGUUAAACGUUAUUUAGAAUGGCACUAUUAUAGACCGUUGAAUUCACCUAGAAGAUGGGCUGUUUUGGAAGCCGAAAUAGCUAUUUUUCAAUAUUUUUAUGAACAGAUAAAGGAGCGAGUUCGAGAUCACAAGAUAUAUGUAUCAGGUUUGGAACGCAAAAUGUCGAUGAAGUUUAUCGAUAGAGAACGAGACAAUAUUCUUAUUUGUUUGAAACAUGCACGAAGAAAGAGCAAAGAGUGUUUACAAGACUUCUUAAGCAGUGGCGGCAGUAUUUUUCGUUUUGGUUUGAGAGCAGAGAAACGUCUUCAUUAUUUUGGAGAUGCUUUGGGACUUUGUUGUUCAGAAUUUUUUUGUUGUUCAUCUCAUUCCAAAAUGAACAAUGUAUAUACUAUUCCAAAUGAUUCUUGGAAUAGCGAACAAGAUGCCAUAUUAUUGUAUCAUUUAGCGGAGUCUUAUGCGGACGCUAUGCAAUGGGAAAAGGCAGAAACAUUUGCACGAUACAGCAUUCGUUUACUGGAAGAACUGCAUUUGGAAAUUUCCAGUUAUUCUUACUUUCCACCUUUAUUACUACUUGGUAAUAUAUUAUAUGAAACCGAACGUUUUGAAGAAGCCAAAAUGUCCAUAUUAUCAGCAAUGGAUUCCAUUCGACGUUUUGGUCUUUAUUAUUCGUCUUAUACUGCCAACGCAUUUAUUAUUCUUGUCAAUCUCUUUUUGCAAGAAAAUGACAUUUUUAGUGCUCAACAAACUGCUUCUGAUUUAUUAGAAGUUGUUCGAAAGAUUGGCUUCGAUGAGUUACCAUUAUUUGCAGACACGAUGGGAAUGUUUGGUCUUAUUUCUUAUGCUUCAGGUGAUUUAACAGAAGCAGAAAGGAAUUUACGUUUGGCCUUGGAGUCUUUACGCAGUUGGAGUUGUUCAUAUUUAUGGUUUGAUGUUCCUAUGAAGCAUUGUAUGCAUUUAGAUCUGUGGUUAAUGGAUUCUCUUUCGAUAGUAUUGAAAGCCCAAGGCAAAUAUGAUGAAGCAGAUAAAUAUAAGGAAGGAGUUGAGAUGAUUGCUACCGAAAGAGAUAUUUGUUUGCGAUAUGUUUCAGAUACUUCCAUAUCUCCUCAUAAAUGGACUAUCCAAGACCUUGAGUGUUCUUCAGAGUUGAAUGGAUGGAAUAGUAUUCCUAGUUGGAUAGAGUAUGAAACCAGCGAAGGAUUAUUUUCUAAUGAUGUUUGGAAUACGUUUUAUUCAUUUCCGCCAAGUAUACAACGUGUUUUUAUUAAACAUGUUUGUUGAGAGAAGCAUUUAUGAAAGAAAGGAUGAGCUUCUUCA